GCAUUACUGCGUAUUGAACUACUUUUUCUACCAAAUUUGUUGACUAACAUGAUGUUUUGGUGCUUCAUUUGACUGGGAGAGUCUUAAAGCCUGAAUGGCUGCUGGUUAUAAUGUUUCGCUAUAGCCUCUAUUCAGAGAGAAAAUGGCAAAUACAGUAGAGUAUUGCUUAUCCAAUCUAAACUGGCCGGCAGAACAUUGGAUAAGCAAAAAUUUUGGGCAAUAAAAAGGGAUUAAGGAAAGCCUAUUAAAUGUCAAAUUACAUUAUGAUAUUACAAAUUAAGCACCAAAACAUCAUGUUUUACAACAAAUUGACAGAAAAAGCGGUUCAAUACAUGGUAACGUUAUGUUAGUAAUUACUGUAUUUACAAAUUUAGCACCAAAACAUCAAAAUAUAUUGAAAACGUUGACUACUAAAACAUUGACUACUAAAAAAUUGACUACAAAUAUAGGUAGAAUUGCAUAAGAUGAACUUACAGUAACAACAUUGUCAGAAGUUAAAUCCGUAAAAAGUUCAGUCCUGUGAUGGCAGACUGCAUUGGAUAAUACAGAACAUUGGAUGAGUGAAGAUUGGAUAAGCGAGACUCUACUGUAGAUGCCAGCUGGGCAAACUAAAAAUUCUGUAUGUAUUAUAUAUUUAUGUAUCAGAUAUUUGGGCCUUUUCAGAUUUGUACCCUGCCUUCCUUCAAAAAUAAAUAAAUAAAACCACAUUAAAAAAUAGCCAACCUCCAACUGAUAGGCACUCCUUCAAUUGCAGACCAAGUUCCAGGCCUACUUUAAUUUAAAAAAAUUGACUGCCUGGAAGGACAGUAGAGAAGGGAACCUAGCCUCUUCUGACAGGGAAUUCCAGGAUCUGUGACCAGCCACCAAGAAACUCCUCUUUUGUGUCUUCACUAGAUAUGACAUUGAUGGUGGAAUGACUAAGAUAAUAGCUUCAUUAAGAGAUCUUAAAACCAGAAUGGCUUAUGUUUGAGAAUGUUGACCUGGUCAACAUCCUAUUAAUAACCCUACAAAGACUAUUAUUAAAUGAAUACCUACCAUAACUACAUUGCAAAUGAACAAUCAUUUUGAUUUCAUUGUUUAAAGUACCCCUGGUGCUAAUGCUCCAUCCAUUACAGAAACCUGUAUGACCACAGUCUAUCUGGAAGCACCUGUUUUUCUUAAUUAUGAGAAUGCGUACUGAAAUACAAGAUACACAUUAUGACACACACACCUACAUUAGUAAAUCUAUACUCUGCCCAGCAUAAAAUCCUGCCAUGUGGGUUUACAAUUAGAAAGCACUUGAACUUAAAUACAAUUAAUACCAAUCAGAAUUAAAUGAAAACAGUAGCUAAAAUGCAAUAUGAGAAAACAUUUAAUAAUACGCUGCAUGAGGCAAAGCCAUUUUUCAAGCAAGCAAUGAGGCAGCCAUUUGUAUUUGCUUGAUCCCAGGAUAUGUUGUACAGACAGGGCUGGUCCAAGAUAUUUUGCUGGCUAAAGUGAAGGGCAAGGCAGCAUCUGUCCCAAUUCCAUGUACAGAAGCACAAGUUAAAAUGGCUGGUAUCUUCCACUUUAACAUGAAAUCAGGACUAACUUAGGUUUGCAGGAUGAGGCACAUCACAAAAUUGGUGCAAGAAACUGCAUUUGCUCAAGGCAUUUCUCACUUCCACUUGCCUGGCAGUUAAAACAUAGGGUGAGCCUAUCACCAGGCACACAUUAUACAAAUUAAGCCCUGGUUUUGUUACCUUGCAAUACUAUUUAUACAUAGUUAUUAGCUUCAAACCUGGAACUGUAUUACAAAUUCAUAAAACAUUCAUUUGCCAUUGACAUGUUGUGUGCAAUAGCAUAAUUAAAUGUUAUACAUUUCUUAUGGGGUCUCUUCUGUAUUCUUCUGCGAAUGCAAUAUUUCACUUGUCAGCUAGUGUAGUAGUAGCGAUGAUGAUGAUAGCAAUUUUUAAAAAUAUAAUGACAGGUUAGCCAUAUUCGUAUAUUGUACCAGUAAGAAUGAAAAGCCAUGUAAUAUCUUCAAAACACAUUUUAUUUGUUAUAAGCUUUUUCUGCUCAUUUCAUUAGAUUUCUUUUAGUGAGUCCAAAGGAGCACACAUGGAGUACACAGAAUUAAAACUUGAGACGUUCAACCAUGAAGAAAAUAUUGGUAGUGGAGCCUGUUAUUGCUAUCUACAUGUUUUCAUAUUCCCUGAACGCACCCUUGGUACAACAGUAUUUGUACAGGAGGAUCUGGGAAGAGACCACUAACAGUACCUUCAUAGAUGAUGACAACUUUUCCCAUUGUGAAGUGAAUCAAAGUGAUCCAACCUAUUUGAUGCAAAAGGAAGUCCAGGAAAAGGCUGCUCUUUUGGCCAUGAAGGUGGGGUUAAGUGGGGCUAUUCCUAGCAUUUUGAUGGCUUUUAUCCUUGUAUCCAAUGGGGAACGCUGUGGACGCAAAAUAUCCUUGGUUCUACCUGUGUUGGGGAGUCUGAUUUACAACAUCUUCUACAGCAUGAUGUCCUAUUUCUCUCUGCCUCUUUUUUUACUGUUUCCGUUGGUCUUCAUUGAUGGAUUGUGUGGAAGCAUGGCAACUUUUCUCGGAGGUGCAUUUGCCUAUGUAGUUGACCUUUGUGAGACUCAAAAGCAGAAGAUCAUUCAAAUAGCUAUGGUUGACUUAAUCUUUGGACUUACAUCUGGAUUGGGAGGCUUGAUCUCAGGCUAUAUUAUAAAGGGAAUUGGUUUUACUUGGACGUUUGCAGUCAUUUCUCUUCUUCAGAUUAUCAACAUUUUCUAUGUUUCAUUUUGCUUGGGUGAUACAAUACAAGUAUCAGAGUUCCAGCCACAGUCUCUGAAAGAAGGUCUUAAAGAAACCUUUUCUGGAGUAUAUGUACUCUUCAAAUCAUCUUCCUGCAGGAAGAGAACUUCUAUUAUACUAUUGCUUUGUACAUUCAUGACUUACUUGUUCACAAUGUUUGGAGGAACAUCUCUUUAUACACUCUAUGAACUGAAUGCUCCACUCUGCUGGAAUGCAGUCUACAUUGGAUAUGGCUCAGCAGUCUCCACUUGUGCCGCUAUAGUUGGUUUUAUAGCAUUAUUUUUACUUGCUCGAUUCCUGAGAGAUAUUUACAUGGUUUACAUGGGAAUCCUUUCAUACAUCAUUGGAGCAACCAUGGCUGCUUUUGCCACAACAACAUUGUUGAUGUUUUUAGUGAGACUGCCAGCAGUGCUACUUUUUGUACCCCUUCCAAUUCUUCGGGCCAUGUUGUCCAAAAUAGUUCUCCCUCAAGAGCAAGGAGCCAUCUUUGCUUGCAUUGCCUGCUUAGAGAUUGUGACUGGGAUAACUGCAGGUGCUGUUUUUAAUUCUCUCUAUGCAAAAACUGUAGCUUGGUUUCCAGGCUUCAGUUUCCUCUUUUCAGGUGCUUUUUGUAUAGUUCCGCUCAGCUUGCUGAGCUGUCUUAUGUUUACUAGUUGGCAUGAAGAGAACUUGGUGAUCCUUGUAAAUGAAGACUCUCUUGAUGAGAACGCUGAUAGCUGAGUAGAGAAUGCAUGUUAAAACCGGUCAUCUCAUGUUCUUGUAGAAUCGCUUAAACUCUUGAUUGUAUUGCCCCAGGUAAAGUGCAACGUGAUGUCUCAGUUGCUAGAUCUCUACAAAGAUCAAUUAACCUGGGUUUGGGACAGUUUGGUUGGCCUGAUUGUAAAAUACAAUGUAAAGGAAGAGUAAGAAUCAGAAAACCUUACUUUUUGUGCUUUCCCAAAGGGAAAAGGAAUGGCAAUGGUGACAAACUUGGUAUUGGAUCCCUGGUGUCUUUAUGAGGAAGCACAUAAUCUACACACAUAGUAAUAUUGUAAUAGCAAACAAAUGGUUGAAAAGGCAGUAGACUUCACAGGGAGAAAUAAGAAAUCUGAAAGAAAUUUGUAAAUAUUUUUAUUGCCUUUGUUUUAUAAAACGAAUGGUGAUUCUAGGUCUUCCUGUUUGAAAUUAGGGUAAUGGAAACCUGUGUAUUAACAACUGGAAAUUCAUUGGUAUGGCCCACAUGUACUUAAAAAAAGGAAAAAUAGACUUUUUUAUAUAUGUAAAAUAAGGGGUUUUUUUGCAAGUUUGUGUUUGUUUGAAAUGAUUGCCACUUUAGUAUGGGAUUUUCCACUUUAGAAUGUGGGUUUUCACAAUAAUUUUAGCAUAGGAUGUCCAUAUAAAUCAACCUUUUGGGUAUAUUUAUUGCUAGACACAGAAGCUGUAAUUGGGCUCAUCUUAAUUCAGUCCCUUCUUUUAAAGUUCCUCUCUGCCCCCCCCCCCCCCCCCACCCUACCCUCAGGCUACUGACCCAUCAUUUGGACUAGAAUUUAGAAAAGUUAACUUUUUCAAACUAGAAUUUUUAAAUUCCCCCAUUCAUUGUGACCAAAUUCUGAGACUUAAGUCUCAAAUAAUUCUUAUCUGGUCAUAUUUUGUUUAAUUGGCAAGAUUAGUUUAUAAAAUUGCUAUCAAAGAUACAUUUGCAAUUACAUAAUUCCAUACUAAAUAUAUUGUGUGAGUCGGUAUUACAGAUUAUGCAAGAUGAAAUAUUUUUCUACUGUUUUGCAAAACAAAUACACUCACAGUUACAUAGCUGAUGUUCUUUGAUGCAAAUUGCAUUGCACAUUUUCAGCCCUCCCCACCCCCACCCCGCACAGCCUAUGUCUGUUCAAAUUUCCUUGGGCAAUUUCAAGAUUGUAUAGGAAGUUUGUGGACAUUUCCAUGAUUUCAUUUAGGUUGGUGGCUCGUGGACUGGUGAUCCCUGUACUUAGCAUGUUGUAGCCAGUGGACAAAAAUGUGAUUCUGGUCAUUGAAACAUUGGAAUACUUGAAAUGCACUAGUUUUGUUUCUUAAUGUACAUUUGCAAAUACCGACCCAACCUUUUCCCUUAGGUUUUUGUUUAUUUGAACUUUCUCUGCUUCAUAUUAUAUUUACCAGCCUCUGGCUGAGUAUAGUGGAAAAGCUCUUCAUGCAGAACCCUGCUAUGGCUCCAGCAAGGGAUGGGAUCAGAGUGCAUCUGACUGUAAGAUAAAUUGAGACAUUUUUCACCAAGAUCUGCUGUGUCCAUCUGAGAGCAUAAGUGCUUCCCUGAUUGCUUUGCAUCAGCAAUGGAAAUAUAGAGGGAAGCUAUAACAGACCAGUGGUGAAUGGUGGAGGGAAAAAACAUGGUCAUUAUGGAGGAUAAAAGAGAAAACAUCUGGCCCUUCACAUUUGCAAGUUUAACUUGGAAGUUGACCAUAAAGUAGUGCUGAAGGACCUAGAGAUUCUUAGGGGAUGUUUUCUCACUAAUACUCCAAUACUCCAUGAAUUAAUCCAGUGCACUCUUAAAAUAAUCCAAGAUGACAAUUAUCACAACAGCAUGAGGCAGUAAAUUUCAGAAUUUAUAUAGAUACUGAAAAGUAUAUCCUUUUAUCAAUCCUUGAUUACCUAUCACUCAGUUUUAGAAAGAUGACUUCAUCUCAAGUAUUAUAAGAGGAAAAGAAAAACUUCCCCUUAUCCAGUUUUCUUAGCACUGAGCAUAUUUUUGUACAUCAUGCACAAUUUUAUGCACUAUACUACGCAUAAUUUUCUAUCAUGUCUCCAUUUACUCACCUCUGGAAAUGCUAUAAAAGUUCCCUUUGAUUUCUGUGUGGCCAUUAUCUCCAAGCUUGUCUCAGCAAUCACGAUGAUAGGAAUGCUUAAGGGGAAGAGAGAAAAAGUGUGUGUGUGGGGGGGGGGGGGGGGCAAUCAGUUUAGUCAGAAUAAUGAUGAGCAAACCUUUUUUGCCUGAAGGACAGGCAGAUACCACAUCUGACCUCAUGUUUUAUUAGCACUUGAUAAUCAUUCUAUGCAAUGCUGAUGCAAUUUAUAUUGUUCAGCUGUUUCUUAAAUAAUUCUCUUGGGACAGCCAGGCUGAUGUAUUCAAGUAUGCAGGUGAGAUGAUGAAUCUGUAGCAUUUUCAAAUCUUAGAAAUCUAACCUUUAUUACUACUGUCAGCCUGGGCCUUCCCCCCUCUCCAAGCAACACAUUUAAUAUGUCUGGCACUUUAUAUAGUUGAUCAUUUGAACAGCACUUUACAGUUGACAGUUCUUAUAGCACUUCUUAUGUUUUUAAUGAAUAAAUAAAUUGAAUAAUAUAACUUUGAACUAUGCAAACUGUGUAUUUUUGUUUACAAACUAAAUGUUUGUGGAAUGUUUAAUUUCUAUAUUUUUAAUAGAAUAGGAUUUUUUUCUCCAAAAGGGAGGCUAUAUAUACACAUAAUGAAAAAUCUUAUUUGUCAAUAAAGCCAUGCCACCUAAAGAGGAGGUCGCUGUAAAGGAACCAGCAUGACAACAAAAGGAGAGGGACAGUGAUCACUGUCUAGUUUUGUGAUAAUGCUCAUACUACUGCCGUUUUGACAUCUCUGUUGCUGCCUCCUCUAUCAGGAUAGCUUCAUUUCCUGAUGGAGGCAUGUUUCUUUGCUGUUCUUCUGAAUGCUACACCUCCCAUAAGGAAGUGGGAAAUGGGAAGGACUGGUAGCAAUGUAUGUUAAUGCAAAUCAACAGGAUAUCGGCUGAAAGAUCUCUGCACUCCAAGUGAACUGCUUUGGAUCUGUGAGUCCUGAAUUCCAGCACAUAUUUUGCCAGGCCUUAGUAGCUGCAAUCCAACAGGAAAUGGAAUUUAAUAAAUUUAAGGAUGUACCCUGAAACACACCUGCUACAGUAAAAGCUCGAUUGGGCAUCAUGGAAAUUCUGAGUAAUUGUGUACAUGUUUAGGCUAUUGAGCUGGGACUUCUGUACUUUGUUUUUAUAAGAGAGUUUGCUGUUAAGAAAGACUACAAUCAGUGACUUCUGAAGCACUCUGUGACAUUUAACAUUUCUUAUUGAGUUACAACUUCUUUCAUUUAUGGAUUUGGCACUCUUUAAAGUUCAACGUAUACAAAAUCAUCCUCCAGUAUGUAAUGCAUUUUUUUCUGGCAUGGAAAAUCUCCCUAAUUUUUCUUUUUCAACUUUGUUUCACCUGUGUGACUUAAGCAAAGCUGUGUAUCUAAUUAGUUUACAGUUAAUAUGCUGUAAAGAGUAAUUUUUGUGUGUUUACACUGCACUAAUUGUCUGGGCACUUUUUUCAAAUCUGCAAGACAUUAGCCUUUUUAGUACUGCUAUGGGGCAGGUACCAAUAACUUACUGGUUUUCCACAUCAAUGCAAGGGGUCUUAAAUGCUUUACUUGUCCCAACACAUGAAGCAAUUUAAUAUUAAGUAAUGAGAUUAUAAAACAGCUUCUGCCAAUUUGUAUAUAGGCUCUAUAUCAUGUAUAGUCAAGGGAUACUGUUAAAUGGUGUUCAAAGCCAUAGCUAAUUUUUACAAAAUUAUUUUUCCUCAUACUGCUUAAAUUUAUUUGCAGUCACAACAGGUUAAGGUAUAUUCAGGUAUGUGUUUUUAUGGGAGCUCCUUAAUUAAAUUCCAUGUUGCUGUGUCCCAGUACCCAUAUUUCAUGUACCUUCUAUAGAACAAAUUAGAUGUUCACAGGAGAGAACAUAUUUUGAAUUAGGAGGGGAGGCUUUUUAAAAACUUCCUUGCAGUUUUUUCCCUGCUGAGAUGGAAAAGAUACACACACACCCAUCAAUUCCUGUCAACCAUACACAUAGUGAAAGAUGAUGGGAGUGGUCAUUUGUUAGCAUCUGCAAAGGAAAUUGCUGCAACCCUGAGCAAGAGCUUGACCUCUUUCUCUAGAGUGAACAUGCCAGAGAAUGUGGAAUUGUUUGUUGUUCUUAUGCAGCUACAUAUGCCCUCCAACUGUCCCACUUUGACUGUCUCCAUUCUCUGUUAUCCCAGUUUUUAAGAUGCUUUUAGUAUUGCCAAAUUCUCUCUUGUCCUUCCAUUUCCCUCUUUUGUAUUCAGCUUACUUCAGUUGGUGAAACUGGGUUCAACGUGCAAUAGUUUCACUCAACUCAGCAAGAAGAGGGAAGACUUUUACCCUUCUCAUUAGUCAGGAAAAAAUGCUGCAUUUCCUAGCUUGUGUGGGCUUCUGCUUUAAUGAUUUGAUAGCCUGCCCAUACUGGUAUUAUUUGGCUAAAUGUCGUAAUUCUCAUUUGUAAAAUGCAAAAAAUGAGCACAGCUUCCAAUUUCAGUUUUUUCAUCCAGUGUGAGAAGGGGAAAAUAAGUGUCAUUGUUGCUAUCAACCUGGCAGUGCUUGUUUUGCACCAGUUAUAUGGGAGACAGUUGACUGGCCCUCUACCUUCUCUGUCUUUUUAUGAGGCUAGCUCUCACUGAGUAAACAUUCUGUUUUAUGACGUCAGGGCUUUUUGCAUGUAUACAUAUGUCCAGGACUUAAUUAUAGAGUCCUUCGAAUCUAAGGAGCAUAAACAUUUUGUAAUAGUGUUUUAUCUGUAAAUGCUAGACAUACAUUAGCUUAUUGAAUUUGUCUCCUUGGCCUGGCCCAGGAUUGACAGUGACUGCAUUUUUGGCUCUAAAUCAUAACCACUACACAUGUAAUUGUAAGUGGAAGGACAUAAUAUUCUUCAUAAUAAGGCUAUUUUCUUUGUUGUAGAACAAAAAUGCAAUUAAUAUCCCAUACAGAACUAAAAUGUAAAGCUUUUAUAGAGAAGAAAGGGUACAGAUAACCUUCAGACACACUGGCUUCAAAAAUAACUGGGAGAGAUCUCCCCCCCCCCCAAA